UCGUAUUAAUUUGUGACGCGUUUAUGUUGUUGAUAAUUAAUACUUAUGAGGUACAGAUAUAUAUAUUGUUGCAUUAUCCAAAGUCAAUCGCGUAUAAUAGUGUUGUAAAAAAAUAAUACGAGGCGUAUUAUUUCUGUUGAAAGAGUUGAAUUUAACUGGAAAGUAUAUCAUGGAUGAUCAUAACAUGGAUCAAAAUAUUUUAACAGUGCUGAAACUUCUUAUGAUAGGAGAAUCUAACGUGGGUAAAUCAAGUAUACUUUUAAGGUUCACAGAAGAUGAAUUCUCGGAAAAUAUGCGAAAUACAGUCGGCAUGGACUAUAAAACAAAAUAUAUCACAAUCGAUGAUAGUAUAGUGAAACUUGCUAUUUGGGACACUGCUGGACAAGAACGAUUUCGUACUUUAACACCAAGUUAUUAUAGAGAUGGACAAGGAGCUAUUCUAGUAUAUGAUGUUACUGAUAGAAAUACAUUUUUAAAACUAGAUACAUGGCUUAAUGAAUUAAACACGUACUGCAAUAAAACAGAUAUUGUUAAAAUGAUAGUAGGUAAUAAAAUAGAUUUACCAAAUAGAGAAGUUAGCAAUGAAGAAGGCUUACAAUUUGCUAGAAGACAUCAGUCCUUAUAUAUCGAAAGUAGUGCUAAAACAGCGGAUGGAGUAAAGUGUUGCUUCGAGGAACUAGUUCAAAAGAUAUUGUAUACAAUUAGAUAUUGCAAACUCCUGGUUUAUGGGAUACUCACUCUCAAAAAUAUAUUGAUAAUGGCAAUAUGACCGGUGCUAGAUAUCGAAUGGGAAAAAGAGGGUUACAAUUGACGGAUGAUUAUGAACCACAGAAUGUAUAUUCACGUUGUUAUUGCAGUAUGAUUUAAGUGGCUGUGAUAAAGAAAUUCUUUUGGUAAUGAUUAUAAGCAUGGCGCCUACUGUAUGAUAUGUUGUUUAUUAAACAACUAAAACAAGUUACAAUGAAUACAUAAUAUUGUGAAUCAUUGUUAGAAUUAUAUUAUAUUAGACAAAGAAGCAAACAUGUACCAUCUGUGAACUAUACAAAAAUGUGCUAAUGAUUUAUAGAUCUUCAUUAACUAAUAAUUUAAUGAAAUACGAAUUUUAAAUAUAUCAUCAAUUUAUAGUUAUAUAUUGCAGGUGUACAAAAAAUUGGACAUAGGGUAAGCCAAGAAUGAAAAGCUGAUGCUUUGAACCAUUAAUAAUAAGCUAGCCAACUAUUAAUUCUAUUAUCUUUUAUAAUAUGUUAAUUUACUUUUAAUAUUGUGCUGAGUACUCCUACAAUAUACAUUUAAUGUGCAAA